AUGACAAGGCUAAUUGAUCCCACCACCUAUUACACAAAUGGCGCCCAGAAAAUUAUAGGCUUGGCGAUGGCGGUGGCGGUGGCACUCGUGGUCAGCUUGCCGAUGAUAUCAUCAUUGAUGAUGGCAUUGACAGCUACCUCCGUUAUAGAACAACACGAUUCUGAUUUAUCAUUAUUGGGAGAUUCGCCGCUAAGCACAAUGAUGGUCAGUGGUCAUCAAGCUGUAACGCGAAGAAGUUCGCGUCACAUAGCGUUAUCGAAGGCCAUUGCAAAAAUGCAUAUCCACAAGAUCGUAAUGGAUGCACGAUUUGGACAAGGUUCAUGCCUUCGCAUUAUGCAAGAAGAAGAAAGAGCCUCACAAGGUGAUGCCGGGGCACCGUCAAGUGCUAGGGAUAGCGCUCAGUCGCGUGAAAUGUAG